GGCAGAUCGGAGGAAUACUAAUGAUUAUCUACACAACACCACCACCACUUCCACGACCACGACCACCACAAUCUCCGCUGUUACACUCCCACUACAACUAUUAUACUACCACCCGUCUAUGCCUCCUCACUGUCUUUCCCGACCAGACAGCCACCACGAACACCUAGCCUGCCAUAUCUCCCCCGCCGCCUACCCUGCUCAUAUCUGAUCGCACAAAAUUCCCCCGAACCGCAUCCUCGAGCAAACCCCCUCACGGUUCAUUCGGUAGCUAUUAGUGCGCGGUGCGGUGCGGGUGGAGAUCUAUCAAUCAAGCAAACAUGUCAACAGAUAUUCAGCAAUACCUGCUGGACUUCGAUAAGAAUAGGAAGGAAGCUACAGCGACGGCUCAACGCUCUGCCACACGGCUACAAAAUAAUGAUUUGAAGCUCUUGAGACUCAUUGAGGAGCUGGGGGAGUUCUUCAACAGCGAGGAUGGCACUACCAGGUCAAGAGCCAUGUCUUACCUUGCCGAAGUCUUAUCGUCGGUCCCACAGAAGGUCUUGUCCCUCCAACAACGGAACUUGCUGUGCGACUUCGUACUAUCCAGAAUCGAGGACAGUGAGGGCUUGGGCUUUUGCGCAAAGGCAUUGUCCGCACUCGAAGAACGGGGCAAGUGGGAUCAAGACCGCGUUGUUGCAAUCUUGGAAGCAUUCCUCACUCACACACACCCUCUCCGCCAGUACAAGCAGCAAAGCGAGCGAUACCCCGUCCUACACUUGAUUGACACCCUGAUUGCCAAGUACAGAGACGCGUUGAGGGUACACCACGACGAAACUCCCGACUUCCUUUCGCGUUUCAUUCUAUAUUUCGAUGGAGAGAAGGACCCCCGAAAUCUCAUGGUCGUAUUUUCGAUUCUUAAGGUUCCCAUGACAGAAUGGCAGAUAGGCGCAGACGCUCAACAGCUUUUCGACGCGGUGUUCAAUUACUUCCCCAUCACAUUCAGACCGCCUCCGGACGACCCCUACGGUAUCACGGCACAGGAUCUAAAAAAUCGUCUACGGGACUGUAUAUCAUCAACAGCAGACUUUGCACCCUACGCAUUCCCUUCCUUGUUGGACAAGCUGGACUCAACAUCUAUGAACACGAAGCGUGAUGUUCUUCAGACUAUCACAGCGGCUGUCACCGAAUACGGACCGAGGACUGUCUCGCUGUACUCGAUCACACUUUGGGAUGCACUUAAGUUCGAAAUUCUCAACGUACAGGAGGAGGAUCUAGCCGAAGAGGCACUGGUCGGACUUGCUGCGAUCGCGCGCACACUUUCGCAAGGAACAAGUGGUCCAUUGAACGCAUACCUUCGGCCCAUUAUCAAAGAAUGCAACGAGCAUCUUGAAGAUGCCCCAACGAAGCAAUCACAGGCAUCGGCGCGGAUAUUAAACAAAAUUGCGGAUGUUUCUGCUGAUGUCACUAAUACUCUCUUAGCCGGUAUCCUUCCGAAUCUAUUCCUGCUCUUUCAGACAGCCGAAACGAUGGCCAAGAAGCGAGGAUUAUUGGAAGUCCUCGUCCAACUCAUCAGCGCAAACAUUGACGUGUACGGCGACUGGCGGUCAAUCGGUGGAGCCGGGGAGCAACCUCCACCCAAUGCGCUUGCUCAAUUCCGAGAGCAGGCUCUGGAAAUCAUGCUCACUGGCCUCGAGAAUGCGCCUAUAAAAGAGGUAUCCUUCCGCCUUGUGUGCUUAGAUGGCUUACUGCAACUGUCCAAAACCCGCCAAUUACUCACCGACGAAGAUAUCGGACGGAUUAUUCAGUUAUUCCAUACAAUUAUCAUCCAAGAGGAGGCAUAUGGCAAAGAUGAGGUCAAGGAUGCUGCAACCAACGGACUGGUGGAGAUUGCGCACCAGAAACCCCAAGUGGUCAUCGAUAAAGCCUUCCCCGCGUUCUUAGCCAAACUUCCUGAUUUCGACAACGGUCAAGAUGCAAGCUAUAUCCAGGUUCUAGAGGCUUUUGCAAAGCUUGCCGGCGAGGAGAAAGUUUUUGACACUGUCAUUUUACGCCUGAAGAACAAAUUCAGUGCGGCUGUAGCGCAAGGUGCCUCGUCAGCCUACAUUGUUGCACUUCUCUCCGCGAUGCUCUAUGCUCUCAACCGAGGAUCGUCCAAACUUGAGGAAAGCCCAGAAACAUCUCCCUAUUAUCAGGAUAUCGUUCUUCCCCUACUCGAACGCACAGCGAGUCCAGAUGUAUCACAUCCAAAAGCCUUCGAUAAGGAUAAGACCCUGGACCUAGUGGGCCGCAUUUGCGGGAUCAUUAUCAGAUCGCAAUCAGUGGAGCAGCAAAAUCAAACUUCCAAGGAGUUGUACACUUUGUUCAGAGGCACACCACAGAAUGAGCUGCCACCAUUCAGCAAAACUCUCACAAUUGAGCAGUCAAGGACAAUGAUCGUCUCCACGCAUCUCUUGGCUUCAUUCCGCAGAGAGGCCGCGUUACCCUGCGAGGUCGAUCUUUUGAUCUCUUCUCUCGUGGAUUUCUCUCAGCAACCGAACCUGUCAGGACCUGUGCGCUCUGCUUCUUUAAGGCAGAUAUCCCUACUAAUUAACAAAUACAUCACCACGCCGGGCCUCAAAACAUGUAUGGAUCCACUUAUUGACUCCCCUGUCGAUCUGUUCAACAUCGAGAAACUAGAUGCUUCAAGAAUCAGAAUCACCUUCGCCUGCCUGAAGGCUCUAGUGCUACGGAAUAGCACUGCACUAUCGAAAUUAUAUCCUCGCCUACUCUCCUUCCUAUCGCAUCCAACAUAUGGUAGCAUGGUGGCACAUGGGUUCACAACACUUCUCCAACCAGAUGAUCUUCUCACCAAAGCGAAUUACUGCCAGAUCUCCGGACUGCACAAGCAAAAGACUUUUGCUUUGCUUGUGCCGAGCAUCACGCAAGCAUUCAAGGAUGCCACUCCUGAUACGAAGCCGAACUAUCUCAUCGCCCUGAGCGGAAUACUCAGGUGGAUGCCGUUCGAGAUCGUUGUCGAAGAGGUCGCACAGUUGGUCCUGCCACUCUUACAAAGUCUUGAUCUGAAGGGCGAGGACCUGGUCAAGGAAGCUGCGAUCGCUACGCUUACGUCAAUACUUAAGGAACGACCCAAUACCCUGGAGCAGCAUACAGGCAGCUUGAUCAAUCGUUUGCUUGAUAACUCGACAAUUUCAGGAAAACGGAUUGGAGCAACACCCACAACUCCCCCGAGGGUACGGGCAGCGGCGUUACGAGGUCUUGAGUCUCUUCCCACACAAUUCAGGGUAGACAUUGUGCUGCCAUAUAGACGACAGGUCGUCAAGAAGCUGACAGCCGCUUUGGACGAUAGCAAACGCGAGGUUCGGUAUGCGGCCGUCAAGUGUAGAAAUGCAUGGCUACUGGUUGAUGAAGUAGGAGAUGACGACUGAAGUGGUCCUCAAGAACGUGUGGUGUUUCGACCUCACGGCCAUCGCCAGAGUAAGCCUGAACAAUGAUCAGGCACGGGCAUAUGUGAUUAGCAGUCACAAUACCAACAUACAAGUAGCUCUCUGCCAGUGGUAAACGCGUCAAUACGUGGUCGGGCCCAAGGUCAGCCUGGUCAGGAUGCUGAGGAUAGCAUAGAUGGUCGGCAUGACACUUGAAGGGUGGACUAUCUGAUUGUUGCUUACGACUACAUUGUUUACUUAAACGAGAUCUAAACGAAAGUAGAACCAGAACGCUCAAAUACAUUUU